UAUUGUGAAUCGCAGCUAUUGAAAGGCACGCGUCGAUCCACUCUCGCGCACGCGUCGAACGAAAUACGAAUUUAAAUUUUUUAGGUGUACCCCAAGGGAGUGAUUUGGUGCCAGUGUUUUUGCUAUUCGAAUUGUUAAAAAUAGUGACACGUGAACUGAGUUUUACUUCAACAGAUGCUGACUUGCAUGAUAACCCCACGAUGACUCCCGCGAGUGACAACGCGAAAUAAGUGACAAGUGUAAAUCAAAAGUUUUUGUGAGAAGUUAAAUUAUUAGUGAACACAUGUGUGAGAAGGGGGUUAAGGAGAAGAUGACCAACAUCACGCCGGAGACCCGGAUCAUGAUGAUGCGGUCUGUGGAUGGCAGGAGCAGCUAUAGGAGACAGAUCCUGGCAGCUCUCGCGGUGUCCCUCGGGCCGUUUUCAGCGGGACUCAGCAAGGGGUACAUGUCGCCAGCCAUCUCCUCCAUGCAGGAGCCUCGGACGGACGGGUUCCCGGUCAGCGACCAGCAAGCCAGCUGGGUGGCUAGCCUCAGUUUGUUGGGUGCCCUCAUUGGUGGGAUCCUCGGCGGCAUGGCCAUGAGGCUCGGCAGACGCACAGUGCUCAUCGCAGCAGCCCUGCCCUACUCCCUGGUGUGGCUGGUGACAGCCCUGUCGACGAGCGUGGACAUGUUAGCAGCGACUUCCUUCUGUGGGGGCAUGCUGGUCUGCUCUAUGACUAUGAUAACGCAAGUCUACGUCACAGAAAUCGCCGUACCGGAGAUCCGAGGAUGCCUCAGCUCAGUCCUCAAGAUCCUCAGCCAGAUCGGCAUUCUCAUCGCCUUCUCCCUAGGAGCCUACCUCAACUGGUACCAGCUGGCUUUAGUGGUAGCAGCUGCCCCAGUACUUCUCUUCUUCGCCCUGAUCUUCGUCCCUGAAACACCUUCGUCCUUACUCUUAAGGGGUAAGGAACAAGAAGCUGAAAAGUCCCUACAAUGGCUCCGCGGCCCCGACGCUGAUAUCCGCCAGGAAUUGGCCACGAUCAGAACAAAUAUCUUAGCCAGCAAGCAGUACAAUGACGGCAAUAGCUGCAGAGUCAAGAUCCUCCUCUCCAAAAGACUGACCAGGCCUGUUCUUAUCACGUGUGGGCUCAUGUUCUUCCAAAGAUUCACGGGAGCUCACGUCUUCAACUUCUACGCUGUAUCGAUGUUCAAGAAGACUUUGCGGAUGAUGAAUCCACACGGAGGCGCCAUAGCCACCAGUGUCGUGCAACUCCUGGCUUCUUGCCUCUCUGGCAUGCUCAUAGACAACGUGGGGAGGCUGCCAUUGCUCAUGAUUAGCGGCGUUAUGAUGUCCAUAGCGUUGGCUGGGUUCGGAUCGUACGCGUACUACGAAGACGUCAUCAGAAACACCACGAAUAUAAACCACGCCGAAGCCGGGGCAUACGAUUGGAUCCCAUUGAUGUGUGUCUUGUCAUUCACCAUAGCGUUCUCUUUGGGAAUCAGCCCCAUAUCUUCUUUAUUGAUAGGAGAACUGUUUCCUUUAGAAUAUAGGAGCAUAGGCAGUGCCUUGGCUACUAGUUUCAGUCAUCUUUGUGGUUUUGUGAACGUCAAAACUGCUGCCGACUUUCAAGAUCAUAUAGGACUGUAUGGACUCUUUUGGAUGUACGCAGGUAUAUCAGUACUGUGUCUACUUUUCGUAGUAUUAUUUGUGCCAGAGACGAAAGGCAGAGAAAUAGACGAAAUGGAUCCUAAGUACGUUGAGUCUUUGUGCAUAAACCGAUAGUAUUGGCUUGAGUAUUUUCUUUAGGGUAUAAUUUAGUUCGAUGCUCUGGCAUAGAUUUUUGUCCAGUAUUAUCCAAUCGACAGUGAUAGAGAGCGUGCCUUGAAGCAUGUGAAUUCGUGCUAGCCUUCUUAACAUAUCUUCUUAAGAUAUAUUGUUUAUAUCUACCAGUUUUUCAACUGUACCAUUUGUUACAGUGAGCAUUUCUGACAAGUAUUUAGUUGACUUUGGAGUUUCUUCAAUGUUAUAUCGAAUUGACUGUUUGUCUUCCAUUUUUAGCGGUCUGCUCUAAUUCUUUGAAUGUUAAUGACAUUGGUUAAAUAAAAUAAAACAUUUUAACUUAAUAGAUGAUUUCCCAAUGUUAUUGACUUUUAAAUAAAGGUGUUACAGAUGUCCAAAUUAGUAAUAAGACAUGAAAAUAUUAGAACUGACCACCGAUGUAUUAUAUUAUAUCUAUCUGAAUAUUUAGUUCCUCUAGUAUGUUUCAAAGACUCAACUUAUCAAAGUUCCUUCUAUUUACAAUUUUAAUCGAUCUGAAAUGGGAAAAUGCAUUAAGAUAUAUAUUUUUAAUGAAUUAAUUUAUCUUUAUAUUAGUAAAAGAAAAUGGACUUUUUCCUUGUAAACUUAUAAUGAAAUACCUGAACAUUAUAAUUUCUUAGUACAAAAAUCAUAGUCCUUCUAAAAUUGGCAUGACUUUGGACAUAUUAUAUUGAAAUUCUAUAUGAAUUUGGUAUUGUAAAUAUGUUAUUUAGGGCAAAACGUGACUUGUAACUUAUGAAUAAAUCGUUGUUCUUUUGUAGUAUGGUCAUAGUAUUGAGAUUAGGUAACUCUACUUUUUAAGAGUAACAUUGUUAAUGAAUUGUCAUAAUAUAAACGAGAAAAUAUA